CCUUUUUUUUAAAAUCCAUGAAUAGAGUGAAAUUCUAUGACGUCUAGUGAAUAUUUUAAUAUUUUUGUGUGCCAAUAGUCACAACGAAAAAUAAAAUAAAACAGUGAACACCGUUACAGACAUCAACACCUAGCAGAAAGAAAAAUGUUAGUGCGCAGUGCGGCAUAGUUUACGGCAAUGUCAUCAUCAGUAAGCGACGAUACAAUGUGACAUGACGUCACGCGUGCGACCAGCCGAGUCACUUGAAAUUCACGGAGGCAAAUAAGCUACCUUCGGUCAUGUUCCAUGACAGCUCUCAAAAAAAAUAUUGGACAUUUAACAGCGAAGACGAGGUGGAACAGCUGAGAUGUGAAGCCAACAAGAAGUACAGGAAGAAGCACAUGAAAAGUGAGUCUGCAUUACUGGACCGUCACGAAGAAGAUGUUCUCUUCAGACACUAUGAGAGGAGGCUGUUGGACUUUUGCAGUGUGUUCAAACCAGCAAUGCCCAAAUCUGUUAUUGGUACAGCCAUCAUGUACUUCAGAAGGUUCUACAUGAACAACUCUCUUAUGGAGUACCACCCAAGGAUUAUCAUGCUGACAUGUGCAUACCUGGCCUGCAAGGUGGACGAGUUUAACGUCUCCAGCGGGCAGUUUGUGGGCAACCUUGUGCAACAGAGUCCGGCGGAACAGGAACGGGACGCAGAGCAGAUCCUGGAGUAUGAGCUGUUGCUUGUCCAGCAACUCAACUUCCACUUGGUGGUCCACAACCCCUACAGACCACUGGAGGGACUGCUUAUUGACAUCAAGACCCGAUAUCCGACACUGGAAAACCCAGAGUCAUUGAGAAAGAAUGCAGAUGACUUUCUGGCCUACGCGGCCAUGACAGACGCGGGGCUACUCUUUUCCCCUUCGCAGAUUGCAUUAACUGCUAUCCUGAGCAGCGCCUCAAGAGCUGGGCUCAACAUCGAGAGCUACAUGACUGAAUGCUUGGGACUGAAGAGGAACCAAGAAUCCCUGUCCAAGAUGUUCGACUCAAUGAGACGGAUUAAAAGUCUUCUGAAGAGAUAUGAGCUUCCAAAACCUGAUGAGGUGAAUGCUUGCAAGCAGAAGCUGGCAAGGAUCCACGCCGAUUGUGGUUCAAGUUCAAACAAGGUAUCAACAGCAGUUGACAGAAACAUUGUGAACGCUGUGAAGAAACACACAAGGACCACAGUUAGCCAACCUGCACAGGGAGGAAUCACAAUCAACUCUUCAAAGAAGACAGAGAAGAACUAUUCAGGCGAUGUGUCAAGAUGCAAAGAGAAUCGGAAAGCCAGAUAGGAUUUUGGCAAAGAAGGACAGGGAUAAGCCACAAAAGUUUUGGAAUAAUAUUUUAUAGAUUGAUGAGACCAAGAUGAACCUCUAACAAAGGGAUGGAAAGGCCUAAGAUUAAAAAGAAAGAAAUAAAAAUCUUCUAGUUGAAAAUGCAUCCAAACUAGCCAGGAGAAGCUUCAUCAUACAAGAGACUGACGCAUAACACAUUGUCAAGACAACAAAGGACUUCAUCAGGGGUAAAGGGUGGAAGGUCUUAGGCUGGCCAGGUCAAUCACCAGAUUUUAACCCAAUAGAGCAUGCAUUUUACCUCCUGAAAAGGAGACUGAAGGGAGAAACCCCUAGAAAUGAACAAGAACUGAAAGAAGCUGCAGUAAAGGGCUGGAAAAGAAUUUCAAUUGAAUAAUGCAAGAGUCUAAAGUCAAUUGGUCACAGGCUUGAGGUGUGGAAAAUAAGAGUUGUGCCACCAAAUGUUAUUCAUUUUAAAUUAAUUUAAUGUCCAUUCCAAUACCUUUGAAAAGUGGGUGUGUUUCUACUAAAGGAAAGUUGUUUAACACAUCUACAUGUAGAUACCAUGAAAUAAAAGCUCAUACUCAGCUUUUGAUCUGAAAGCGAAAUGUCUUCAGUAUAGUAUUAAAAAAAAAAAGGAACUGACCUUUCCGUACCAGUAGUUUUGGAGGUAUGAUAGACUACCUAUAGUUGUAAAUCAUUACAAUUUACAACCAAAAUAAUAAACAUUUGAAACCGCAUUUCAUUAUGACAGUAUCGCUCCAAACAUGGCGUGUUUGGGACUACAUUAGUAGUUCUGUAUAUUUCCAUGAUUAAUAAUGGUCGUAGUUUCCUCCACGUGUGGUCAAGUGAACCACUCAAUGUUUACGUCAUGUCACAAGAGUAAAUUUUAUUUUUGCAAGGUUGUCGUAACUAAGAUGCAAAAAAGUUCAAGGUUCAGUAUCAGGUAGAAAAAUAAAAAGGAACACAUCGUCGCGCGUAUGAAAAAGUACAGUGUGAACACACCACAUUACCGUCCGUCGGGUCUUCCGUAUGCGGUGGCAUAGCCGACUGCGGAAGUCUUCUCUCUUCCGUUGACACUUGGUGAGCUCGGUGAGGUCUGUAGUAUCGUUGCGUGCAUCCAAGGCGAAUAGUUUGCGCUACAUGACGGGCACGAAUUCAGACAGGGGGGGGGCCAAGCCAGACAAAGAUCAGCCGAGGUGUGCAAAAUUUGGGGAAAUUUUCACAAUUUUCCAUUUUCCAUGGGAAUUCAAAAAAGGAAAUUUUACACAAUUAAAAGUUUGGUUCUUAAUAAGGAACUUGGGAUAUAGUUGGAGAAAAACAUAUUUGAGCAUAAUCCCAACUAAAACCAGAUUUCCUGCAAGUGUAGGGGUCCUUGAUUUACAAAUCUCAUGAAUUCCCAUGGAAAGUUUCCAAUUUGAUUAUACUAUUUCCAAAUCUCCCAAAAACUUUUGAGAAAUUCUCCAUUGCUUUGCAAGCCGAGCCCGGUGUGAUUACAGUACUCGUGUGAAAGAAAACAGUCAAGAUGUGGUGGUUUGCUCCAAAAGAGAGGGAGAAACUGGAGAGGAAGCGUGGGUACACACAUACUGAUAUAGUCAAGACCAUAAUUCAGAGGGAGAAGUACUGUUCUCAAACCUUUUUAUGUGACUGAUGAGAGAACUAU